GAAUAAUUGGAUUAGGACUUAUAAAGACAUUAUAUCUAACUCUAGACUCCCGACAGCCUUUGCUCAAGUCAAGAAGGAAUUUUUUAUUAGUUAAUUUACGUGAAACAAAAUAUUGACGAUUCAUAAGGUUACAUAUAUUGACUGUCACUCAUUUGCCAGGACGCAGAACCACAGACAUGCUGGGUCUUUGUACUGUGUCCAGUUAAACGCAGGUUGUGGCAUACAGAUAUCACAUUGUUUAGUGUCUACGUACGUUGCUUAUCAUCAGUACUUCAUCAGAUGUAUUAUAUUGAUAUGAACUAUUGUUCGUGAACUAUUUUGAUAUACAAAGCUAAAGUGCUCUAAGUACUUUAUGGCUUAUUGGCUUCAUUCUUUAAAUGAAACUUGGUCAAUUACAUAAUGAUUUAUAUUGACAGACAAUAUUAAAUGAGUGAUGUUUCCUGCAGGCGUCUCUCCUCUCAGGGCUGCUCGUAUUCCUGUUGUGUGUCAACUCCUCUCUCUGUCAGAAGGAAUAUUCUGGAUACCACUCAGGUGAGGACAACAUCUAUGAGGGCUCCGUGUUGCACCAGUAUGAUGACCUAGAUUCUCCUUACCUGGAUCACCAUGAUCACUGACGAGGCCUUCCCUUACGUCACCACCACUGAGUCCCACUAUGCCAAGGAGGACACUGAAACCAUGCAGAUCCAGUAUUCGGACACAGACUCUGCUGAGGAGUCAGGGGGCGAUGCAGCUCUGGGGGAAGAGGGCCCAAUAGAGUGCGACUGUGAACCUGGAGAGCCCGGAUUUGCUGGCUUUGCGGGACCAAAGGGCUCCCGAGGUCUGCAGGGUAAAACUGGGAAGCCUGGACUUCAAGGCAGAGAGGGUCAUAAGGGAACCAAAGGAGUUCAGGGCAGAAGAGGAGACCCUGGGCCUGUGGGUGAUGUUGGGCCUGAAGGAGAGGAGGGAGCUUCUGGUUUCUCUGGGGCCCUGGGAGAACCUGGAGUUCCGGGAGACCCAGGCGAAGCUGGACAGCUGGGUGUAAAGGGUGACAUUGGUACGGACGGACCCAGCGGAGGAGUCGGAGCUCCUGGUGAGCCUGGCCGGCGUGGGGAUCCAGGACCUACAGGAUCAAAGGGAGGUAACGGUAAAAAGGGAGCUCGAGGAGGCCAAGGAAAAGGGGGACAUCAGGGCCGAGUAGGACAGAAGGGGCAGACAGGGGCACCUGGAUUCGCAGGGGAUGUUGGCGAGAGAGGCUACAAUGGAUAUUCUGGGCAACCAGGAGGCAUCGGACCAGUGGGAGCAAAGGGCGGUAGAGGCCAGGACGGCAUCCCAGGCAGUGACGGUGAUCCCGGUGAAGAUGGUCCUAAAGGGGUUCCGGGGCUGAUGGGAGAACCUGGACUAUUUGGUACCAAGGGCAGUAAAGGUGAUCGUGGAGUGAGGGGACCUCGAGGCAGACUGGGAGCUGGGGGGUCUGAAGGAGAGCGAGGAGAUGCUGGAGUACCAGGGAAACCUGGAGCCAAGGGCCUGCAGGGCCAGAUAGGGGCUAAAGGUGAGACAGGACUGGAUGGCGAGAAGGGUGCAGCAGGAAAGAAGGGCUUGAAAGGCCUCAGGGGACAAAAGGGAACCGUGGGUGAGCGUGGAGACAAAGGACAGCGUGGACCAAAAGGUGCGGUGGGCCCCGAGGGUCUUCCCGGACAUGUGGGACCGCCGGGUGUCCCAGGGACCAGAGGAGAGAGAGGUCCCAUUGGUGACCCAGGCAUUAAAGGCCUGACUGGACCCAAAGGAGUUCAGGGACCUUCUGGUCCUGGUCUGACUGAUGAGCAAGUCCUGCAGCUCUGCAAAGUUGUGGUCGCGACCCAGGUCUCCCAGUAUGCCGCCUCCAUUCAGGCCAAGUGCUCGCAGGGUUGCCCCAUCAACAAUCGAACGCUCAUUGGGCACCCGGGAGUCCAGGGGCCAGCAGGACCACCAGGCAAACGUGGUAAAGCAGGAAAAGCCGGUACAAAAGGAGCCAGAGGUGUUCAAGGUGACAGAGGGUUGGAGGGGCAGAAGGGAGCGCCUGGUGACACAGGUCAAAAGGGACCUAAAGGUGUUUCAGGCCAUCCAGGUAAAGGUCUGUCAGGACUUGAUGGACCACAAGGCAUCAGAGGUUUGCCAGGUUACCCAGCAGAGCCCAUGAAUGGCAUGGACGGACCUCGGGGUCUCCGUGGUUUCCCUGGUCCACUGGGCAUCACUGGAAUGGUCGGGGUGGCAGGUGUUCCUGGGUUUUGUGAAGCACGGGACUGCAGCAUUCAUGCUCCAGUGACACGCAAAGAGCAGGGUUUAGUGAAAGGACCUGUAAGUUCAAAGAUCUGAUGCUUAACUUGAGCAGUGACACAUUUUAAGCGUUUGUCAGAGAGUUGAUGUAUUCUCUACUGAUUUUAGAGGAUAUUACAACUAUAACAGAUAAAACAAUUUGUUUAAAAGCUAAACAUCACAUCGUCCUUAACUGGCACCUAAAAUGUCAGUGGACCAUGUCUCGUACUAGCAUAAUAAAACAGCAGUUCUCCUUCUGUGCUGAAUAGAGAUUAGGGAAACAUUAGGCAUUUGGUGGAUUUUCACCUGUUGAAUCCAAACUUUACAUUUUUCAUGUUUUCGUUAGUGGUUCUUAUCAAAACACCAAACAUCCCCCCACUGACCCUUCCUCUCCUUUAGCUUUGUUUUUCUUUCCAAAGUAAUUACAUAAAAAAUCUAAAAAUAAUAAUAUAAUGUAAAUAAUAUGUAAAAUAUCUUAAUUACAUGUACUUUUCUCUGAAAUUAAAAUUAAAUUGUUGGCUGUUUUUAAUUUGAGCUGUCA